AUGUCUGGCAGCACUCAACCCACUGCUGGUCCUUCGGACCGUCGCGAGUCCGUCCAGACUUCCGGUCACAUCAGUACCGCAACGACUACAGCUGGCGAGCAGGAUGCACAGAGCGGCAAGGCUGGAGAGAAACCAUCCAGCACUGGCGAGCUACCACUGCUCCGCACUCUACCUAUCCUUUGUCUGCUCAUCCUCAGUCUCUUCCUCGUCUCGUUGGACCGCACCAUCAUCGGCGUGGCCAUCCCACGUCUAACGGAUGACUUUCAUUCUCCCAACGACAUCGGAUGGUACGGCUCAGCAUACAUGCUGACCAAUGCCAGCUUGCAGCUCAUCUUUGGUCGUCUUUGCAAACAUAAUUCCGUCAAGCCAAUCUUCUUGUCCGCCAUGUUCAUCUUUGCGGUCGGAUCAGCUGUAUGCGGAGCUACGCCCAACUCGGUAGGCUUGAUCCUUGGUCGUGCUAUCGCAGGUGCUGGUGCGUCUGGCAUUCUGCAAAGCGCCUUGCAGAUCAUCUUGCACAUUGUCCCGCUGCACAAACGUCCGAUGAUCAUGGCCAUGUUUGGCGUCGUCAUUGGUGAGUGGGUUGCUCGUAAUCGCUGUGAGACUGAAUGUUGACGAGCCUGUCUUUGCCUAUCAAAGGUGUCUCGAGUGCUCUCGGACCACUCAUUGGGGGAGCUUUCACCCAAAAAGUCUCUUGGCGCUGGUGCUUCUACAUCAACGUGCCCUGCGCGGCCCUUGCCAUACUCAUCGUUGCGCUUCUCCUUCGGCCAGAAGAUGUCGACGAUGAAAAGCGUCAAAAGCUGAAGUUUCUUGAGCAGAUCAAGCAGCUCGAUCCUCUCGGUUUCAUCCUCAUCGUCCCAGCCACCGUCGCUCUGCUUCUCGCCUUGCAGUUCGGAGGAUUCGCCUACGCGUGGAGCAACGCCAGAGUCAUUGCCCUGCUAGUCAUCUUUGGCGUCUUCUUCUUAGCCUUCCUUGCUUCGCAAUGGUACGCUGGAGACAGAGCUCUCAUUCCGCCUCGCGUCUUCCUCCAACGAACCGUGUACGGUUCUCUGUGGUACACCUUUUGCUUGGCGGGUUCCAUGAACGUCGCCAUCUAUUACAUUCCCAUUUGGUGAGUUCAUCGUUCCGACUGAGCGCUCUCGAAAUAGACGGAAAGCUGACGCCGCUCUUUCACUCUUCCAAAGGUUUCAGGCUGUGAAGCAGUCGGAAGCGCUCCACUCCUCAUACCAAACCCUGCCAGUAAUCAUGAGUCUCGUUGUCGCCUCGAUUUUGUCAGGAGCCGCUGCUCGACGGACCGGUCAUUUUGGACCUCAAUUGGUCGCGGCACCCGUCCUGGCAUCUGUGGGAAUGGGUCUCAUCAGCCUGUGGACGACAAAUACAGCUCAUCCCGAAUGGAUCGGCUUCCAAGUUCUUUACGGCUUUGGCAUUGGCUUGGGAAUGCAAAGUGAGCAUAUACUCAGCAUCCGCAUGCCGACGAAGGUACAUCUCAGUGAGCUGAUCAAGUUGAUUGCCUCCGUGUUCUCAGGCCCAUCACUCGCUUUGCAAUCGAAUGUUGAGCCUCAAGACUUGCCUUUGGCUCUAGCUUCCAACUUCUUCAGCCAGCAAAUGGGGGGUGCCAUCUUCGUGUCAGUCGCACAAAAUUUGCUGGCCAACAAGCUAAAGAGCACACUGGCGGGGCUGGAAGGCUUGAACACUAGCGUGCUCGCCAACACCGGCGUGACCGAGCUAGCAAAGAUGGUACCUGCGUCUCUACUACCUACCGUCAUCAAUGCGUACAACGUCGCGCUGCGAGACGUGUGGUACGCGGGCUUGGGCACAGCAUGCGCCAUCGUUCUUGCGCUUCCCUUCAUCAAGUGGCAGAACCUGAAAAAGGUCAGCGAGCAACAACGCCUGGCUCAGGAUUCUGCCAAGCAAGAUGCCGAAAAGACGCAAGAGGCUUGA